CCGGCCGCCGGAGCAAGACCGAGCCGUUUGCAGACGCGUGCAAUGCUGGAAGGCGGCUCCCGGCACCUGGGAGGUGGGCGAGCGGGAGCCGCUGCGGGCAGGCGGGGAUGGUGAAAAGCUGAAGCACCAAACGUCAAAAUGAGUGUGACAUCCUGGUUCUUGGUGAGCAGCGCUGGCAUUCGACACCGGCUCCCCCGGGAAAUGAUCUUCGUCGGCAGAGAAGAUUGUGAGCUGAUGCUACAGUCUCGCAGUGUGGAUAAGCAGCACGCGGUCAUCAACUACGAUAAGGAGAAAGAUGAGCAUCGGGUCAAGGAUCUGGGAAGCUUAAAUGGGACGUUUGUGAAUGACGUACGGAUCCCUGACCAGAAAUACAUCACAUUGAAACUGAAUGACGUGAUCCGCUUUGGCUACGAUGCUAAUAUGUAUGUAUUGGAACAUAUCCAGCACAAAGUCCCAGAAGAAGCCUUAAAGCAUGAGAAAUACACCAGCCAGCUUCAGAUGAAUUUUAAAGGGAUGGCAAUGAAACGGGCGGAGCAGCUGAUGGAACACAGCGGAGAGACCGAAUCGCCCCAAGCCAAGCUGGAGAAAGGCGACAAGAAAGCUAUUACAGAGACUACAACUAGUACAUACCGCACACCCCUUUACGGCCAGCCAUCGUGGUGGGGCGAGGAUGAUGCCAAUAAUAAGUUGGAGACCCCCGAUGACAGAAGGCAAGAAGAGCAUUAUUCAGAAAGAACAAAAGAAAUAGCCCAACACGAAGAAGAAAUCAACGGUAACAUCCCCAGCUACAGAGAUUCUCCAGGUGACUCUGUCUACGCCUUCCGAAGAGAACCUAGUUAUUUUGAAAUCCCAACAAAAGAAUUCCAGCAACCAAUGAAAUCUCCCGAGGCGCAAGUCCACGAGAUUCCCACCAAGGACGUUGAUACAGCAGUGCCACCUGUUGUGCAAAGCCACGCCUCUUUCACCAUUGAGUUUGAUGACUGCACUCCCGGUAAAAUAAAGAUAAAAGAUCACGUCACCAAAUUUUCGCUCAGGCAGAGGAGGAACUUCGGCAAGGAAGCUGGCCACACCGAAAUGAUUUCGGCGGAGAGCAAAGUGGCGGAUUGGCUGGUGCAGAAUGACCCAAGCCUCCUGAGAAGGCAGACUGCAGGAGAUGAUGUGUACAGCACCAAAAGCGAUCUCCCAGUUCACGUGAGAACUCUGAAAGGAAACAGACAUGAAGAUGGAACACAGAGUGAUUCGGAAGACCCUGUUGCACCCAAAGCCGAGAAGGAAUCGGUUGUUCAUGACCAAGUUGCUGAGCAAGCCAAACUCCAACGGCAAAUCCGACGUGACCCCCAGGAGAUGCUCCACAACCAGCAAGCGUUCGUCAUUGAGUUCUUUGACGACGACACUCCUCGGAAAAAGAGGUCUCAGUCUUUCACGCACAGCGGCCACUCUACUCAGAACGAAGUGGAUCCUGCCCUGAAGGCCAAGGUUGAGAAACGCAAAAUUACCGUGCCCGCUGAGAAACCAGGGAGUUCUGCGCCUUCGUCACUCCUGCCACCUGUAGGAACCAAAGGGCCAAGUAAUUCUUUCAACACUCCAAGAGCUGGCUCCUUUAAGAGGGAAAAGACAGAGGAACGGAUUAGCUCUUCCUCAUCCUCUACAUCACGCUCAUCAGUAAAAAAUCAUGGCAGCGCGGGGCGGAAGUCAAAAAUUACACAGGAUUUUGCUGCUGAAUGCCUAAAAGAGAGCUCUCAAGCUGUGAAAGUUGUGGAGAAGCCACCUCCCAUGCCUGCGCCACUCACCCCACGGGUGGUAGUGCCCUCUGUACCCGAAACAGUCUCUACGCCCACUGUUGAUCCUAUAUUGGUCAAUGUCAGGAAGCACGAGGAAGAGGACAGCUUGAGCGAAACAGGCACAUACACUAUUGAGACCGAAUCGCAAGAUAAAGAAGUGGAAGAAGCUCGGAAAAUGAUUGAUCAGGUUUUUGGUGUUUUGGAGUCUCCCGAAUUUUCCAAAAUGUCUUCAGCAACCUUCAGGCCAGUUAUUAAGGGCGAAAAAGAAGAACUGGGGGGCCAUCACUUGAUCGGUGAAAAUGGCUCAAGCCCUAGGGUGACAAUGAUGCAAGUCAUAGCUUCCAAAGUGGCCAGCGGACACCACGCAGACAUGCAGCUACCGCCGGCAUCUCAAGGUGGUCAGAAAUGGGUCUCAAGAUGGGCAAGCCUGGCAGAUAGCUACACAGACUCAGGAUCUGCUCCAGGGCUUGGCGAUGCCCAGCCGCCGGGGCCUCUCUCUCAGGCUGGCGCUGAAAAGGACUCCAGUCCUAAAGUGGGAGAAUCGGAGAACUCUGUGGCUUCACGGAUGAGGCGCCUUCUUCCCCCGCUCCCGCCAGGUGACAAGUCUGAAAGUCCAACUCCGUCCAUUUUAAUUUGUCCAGAAUCCUUUUCUGAAAUUUCCCAAAGGAAUGCUGCGAAUGACCAUGGGGCAGAGAUCUAUGUGGAUCCUGCCGGUCGGCUGUUCAUUCAAGAAGAUUUGGACCCCGACAGCCUCAGCGAUGCCAGCAAAUCUGAUGACGGUUUUGGCUUGGAAAAAGGACGGAAAUGCCAAGACAAGCAGGAGCAAAUGAGGUCCAGUCAUGGAAAUUCCCAAAACCACCAGCAGGCUGUGCCCAGGCUUUCAAGUCUGAGAGCCUCAAGUGACCCAUCCGGUACUUCAUUUUAUAUUGGGGAUGAGGACGAGGCAGGAGUUCCUUCCAAGCUCCCCUCAAGCACUCCGCGUUCUCGAGCAGACAAAGAAGAUGCCGCUUUCAGGUCCGCGAAACCAGCUGCUAAAGGCAUUAGCAAUACCUAUGCUAGUUCAAAUGGAAAAAUGGUGAUAUCCUUACACUCAGGUCUUCCUCUUCAAGAACAAGAAGUAGCCACAAAAGAAAGCGCAUCCUUUGUCCGGCAGGAAAGUUUUACCAAAGAGAAAUCAAGCAGCAACGUUUCCCAAAACAGGCUGCCGCAUAUCUCCAGCCACCCUCUGCUUAAAGAUCUUGACGUCGCACGAGCAAACCGUAUGGACUAUAGUCCGGAUACUCACCUUCUUCUUAAAGACACCGAAACAGCUCUGGCAGCUCUGGAAGCCAAAUUACUCUGCCAAACCCACCAGCUUGAUGUUCCAGAAAGUACCCCAGGGCAGUUGGAAGACUCCUUAUCUGGGGACUCUGAUGUGGACACGGCAAGCACCGUAAGCUUGGUAAGUGGUAAAAGCAUCCCAGCCCAUCCACCAAAGCGUAAAGUUACAACAGCCUCGCCGAAAGAGAAAUCCUCUCCAGCACCAUCAGUCCAAGAGCAAAACGUUCAACCGAGCGCACGCGAAAGGCUUUCGGAGAAACGCAAGACGGUCCCACCGGAGUCUGGAAGCAAAGGCGAAAAUGCAAAACGCUUCCAAAUAAAGCGUAGCACGGGAACGGGAGGGUCUCAGGAUUAUACAGAUGAUGAACACAGUACCAGCCUCCCGUAUUUGCCAGCAACUGAAAUCGUGUCCUCUGAUCAAGAGCAAUCUGUCUCGAGGCCCAUCACCAGAAAGAAGCCUUUCUCACAGUCUACCAAAGAAGAACAUAGCAAAGUAACCGCAACUGUGCAGAAGAUUCAACAAGUUCUCACUAGGUCGAAUAGUUUAUCUACCCCAAGGCCUACGAGAGCCUCGAAACUUCGUCGCGCACGAUUGGGAGAUACCUCAGACAACGAGAGUGCCGAUACUGAGAAAACGACGUCUCACCAGGAAGGGUCAACGGCAUCUACCAAACCACCGGUUGAGACGAAGAAACUCUCGAGACUCGACAUCCUUGCCAUGCCAAGGAAACGGGCAGGAUCUUUCAACGUGCCGAGCGAUUCUGAAAGUGCACCACCAAGACCGACCUUUUCCGGGCGCAGUGCAGAGUCUUAUUAUGCCACCCGAAAGCCACCCGUCUCAGAAGCCAGAAAUGCUGCUAGGAAAACGGCCGCAGCGGUAGCUGCUUCAAAGCAGCCUUUUAGCCGAACACGUCCCAGCAGUAUCAAGUACUCCUCUUCUUCCACUUCAAGGCGGCGGCAGCAGGGUUCAGAUUACACUUCGACUUCCGAGGAGGAGUAUGGCUCAAACCACAGCUCCCCUAAACACAAACGCUCCCAUACUUCAACAGCCACCCAGACGCCCAGGCCGCGAGGCGCCGGGUUGAGCAAACAGAAGCGCAGCAGCAGCCGAGAAACGGAAGAGGAAGAUUACGAUGAACAUGACCCCUACAACUUCAUCGCCCAGACUGCGGAGAUUGCAGAAAUAGCCCGAUUGAGCCAGACUUUGGUGAAGGAUGUAGCAAUCCUGGCUCGAGAGAUCCACGACGUUGCCGGGGACGGUGACUCCCAGAGCUCAUCAGGAACGGGACCAAGCACCUCCCUCAGUUCCGUGCCCAAUACCCCCGCUUCUACCAUAUCGGCAAGGGAAGAGCUGGUGCAACACAUACCAGAAGCGAGUCUGAACUACCAGAAGGUGCCUCCUGGUUCCACGGGAUUCAACGAUUUCGACCAAAAUAUGAACGAUAGUCGGGAAGAGGAUCUUACGAGAAAAACAAGGAUGAGGAACAGGGAUGAGGUAAUCUUUGACAACCUGAUGCUCAACCCAGUGUCCCAGUUAUCUCAUACCAUCCGUGAAAACACAGAAAGCCUGGCUGAGAAAAUGAAACUCUUGUUCCAGAAUACUGAGCGGACGUGGGAGGAGGCGGAGGCCAAAAUUAACUCUGAAAACGAAGUGCCAAUUCUGAAGACCUCAAACAAGGAAAUCAGCUCAAUUCUGAAGGAGCUAAGAAGAGUCCAGAAACAACUUGAAGUUAUAAACGCCAUCAUCGAUCCCAGCGGAAACUUGGACGGGAUUGCCAACAAUAAAACCUCUUCUGCGACCACUCAGUCUGCAGCAGCUAAAGUCAGGACUGCUAACAGCCUUUCUGGGUCCACGUUGGAGGUGUUGUCCCCCAUCAAGAAGAGGAAUUACACGCAGAAAUCGAACUUUGGCUCUUCCAGUCUGAAGGACGCAACCUUUGUUCCGGAUGGGGAGAAAUACGUGAUCUAAUAGAAUAUUUUCUAUUGCUUAUCCUCUUGUAUGUAACUUACCGUGGCGUUAGUCUUUGUGCGUGAGUGGUUGUGGAUAAGUCUGUAUGGAGCAGUUCUUUAGAUUGCUAAUCCAUUGCACAAAAAAAGAAAAACAAGGUACAAUCUAUGCUGUGGGGGUGUGUGUGGCAGGCCUGUGUAUAUGCCUUUAAUUUUUAAAAAAAAGACUAGCACUGUGGAAGAGCACAUAUUCAGCACAGAGGCAGUUCCCCAUAUUUAACAGAAAUGCAUAACGCGUAAUUCCUCCAACGUGCCAUAGCAAAACAGGCUUUGCGUGUUCAGUUCCAUACUGCCAAAGCUAUGCCUGUAUGUAGCCUGUUUAUAGCUAUCAGUUUAGUUGUACAGAGGUCCUGCUUUGAAAAUUUAUCUUUUGGGGAGGGGCGGUGGAUGACUGGUGCUGCGUAUUUACUUUUCAGCACAGCGUCUUGCAUCCUGUGACUUAACUCAGCAAAGUUUGAAGGCUUUCUCCGAUAGAAGGGUAUCUAUCUUCCACCAGCGGAAGUCGGAGCAAAUCUUCUGUGUCUACAGGAAGUCUUCAGGCUUCGCUGAGCAGCGCGGUAGGAAGCAAGUCAAGGCUUUCGUCCGCUUACCUACCUUGUCAAUUGGGCAAUGCGGCAUGGAAAGUUCCUUUGGGGAAUCCACCAGCAGUUUGGUGCCAACCCCCUUCAGGAAGAAAGGGGAAAAGGACGCCAUUAAACCAUUCCAGUGCUAAUCACGCACCUUUCUCUUUACCACUGGGAAUGGGUAAUUUAAAAAAAAAAUGCAGAUGGUGGAGAGCAAGUAAUUAAUUCCUCUUCCCCCUCCCUGACUACAGUUCACUCGAGAUUCCAGAUGUAUAGCUCUAGAGGAGACAAUUCAAUGACUAGGUCAGGAUUUUGCAUUAGCAAAGUUGCCAAAUUUUUAUCAUGUCACAGUGGAUGCUGUGUUGACAAAGCUUUAUGCGGUCGAAACGUGGUUCUCUCCCCAUAUAAUCAAUGAAACUCUCUAUUUGACGCAGGUGCUUCUGUCGUUCACGAGUUUUGAGAAAUCAUUGAGGAUGUGAACACCUCCCCCAUCCCAUUUCAUGCUUUGAGUGUCAUCCGUAUCCACCAGCAAUUUUCCAUACUCUGAAGUUUGUACAUGUUUUUUGCACUCGGAUGGAGUCCUGCUCACAUGAGCAAUAGGGAUAUAGCCUGGACAGUGAGGACUCUCAGGCAAGGUUCUCCUGGGAGAUGGCGGUGGCUCAGGGGUAGAGCAUCUGCUUUUCGCCCAGAAGGUCUCUGGUUCAGUCCCCAGCAUCUCCAAUUUGAAAAAAAGGUAGUAGGUGAUGUGAAAGGCCUCUACCUGAGACCUUGAAGAGCGGCUGCCAGUCAGGGACAACAAUAUCGAUCUUAACCAAACAUUGGUCUGAUAGUAUAAUACAGUUUCAUGGAUUCAAGGCCUGCUCCAUAUUCUUUGUUAAACGGAUGAGUAUGUGUUAUGCAGCCUGAGAAUUCUCUCCUGCUGCUCUGUUGUCUUGGAUGCCCCAUGCAAACUAAGAAUAUCUCCCUCUCUUGAGAUGGCAGAGGAAGGUAUUCUUUUCUGCUCUUGGGUCUCCAGCAAAUGUCUUAUUUUGCCUCUUUUCGGAGCCAACCAUGGCACUGCAGUAUUGCUGAAUGAAGUCAUGGCACUUUAUGUGUAACACCUUUUACUCUCUAAACUAUAGGCCAGAGAUCAGGGAAAUUACCUCGGUGGCAUUGCAGCUGUCUCUUUCAAGUUGUUCAUGCGAAUAUGGAUUACACCUGCCAGUUUUGCAGUCAAUGCUUUCUUGAAAGGCGUUCCUAGUUUUACCCUAGCGCAGUUGCCGUUUUGAUGUUGUUUAACUUUUAUGCCCCAAUGCUGGGUCAGCUGAAGCAUUCAUGCCAAAAUGGGGUUGGGGGUUGGAGUUGGCAGAGCCUUUGUGAGGCUCAGACACCCAGGCAAAGACAGCGAUGAUGGAUUAUUUAAGCUCAUUCCGUUGCUUCCAAAGCCACGGCUUAAGCGUCCAUUCACACCUGUUGCUGGUGCCAUCUUGUGACUGUUCAUAUGUGAGUCCUGUUGGGCUCCUAAGAAAUAAAUGUGUCAAAUGGCUGAAUUAUAAAUACAGUAUUAUUAGUUAUUUUUUAAAUGCUUCAGGCACUGCAAUUCUGGCUAAUACCAAGACUGUUAAAUACACCAGUGUUUAAAAAUGGUUUUCCACUUCUACUUGCCAAAUUCUAAGCAAUCAGUACAGCUUAAAUGGAGCUGAAAAUGGUCCUUUUAAGUGUUUGCUGAUGCCAAUUGGCCAAGUAAAACUUUAAAAAUUCUCACUUAACUAAAUAGUCGCUAUAAAAAGAAAAAUGUAUCUAUUGCUGAAGACUGAAUUAAAUUCAGCGGAGACAUUUAUGCUGUACAUAAUUAUGUCGUUAAAAUGACUCCCCCCCCCAAAUGUAAUUGGCUUCAUGCUCUCAAUUGAUUCCAGAGGCCUUAACUUGGUUGCAAAACACAAGAUUUGCAUGUUGAACGUCCCACACUCAUUCCUGGGCAUCUCCCGUUAAAAGACUUCAGGCACCAGGUACCAGGAAAGGCCUUUCUCUGCUUGAGGCCCACAAGAGUCAAAGGAAACAGUGCUAAUUUGUGGCAACAGAAGGCUGCAUCCUAUCUCAAAUGGGAGCAUUGCAAGUGGAGUAAAAUCCUCAGAGCCCACAAUGUAGCUCCAUGGCAGAGCACCUGCGUUGCCUGCACAAAGUCCCAGGUUCAAUGUCCAACAUCUCCAGUUUAAGGGUAGGUACUGGGAAAGGUCCGAGGUACUGGAGAGCCACUGCCAAUCAGAGUAGUCAGUAUUUAGCCAGAUGGACAUACUGGACUGGACAAGACAAUCUAAUGUUGCUUGGUUACUAUAGCGCAGUAUCCAGCGAUGAGUGGAUGCACAUCCACACAUCCAUAACAUGUCUCUGAUGACAUGUUAUUGUUAAAGUGAUGUUUGCAAAUACCAAAAUCUGAACUUACUGAAUAAGAAGGAAUGCAGACAAACCUUUGCCAACUUACACACAGUAUGGUUGUAGCCACUUGGUAAGCCUGUCUGAUUUGGGCAAAUGAGGAUAAUUGGAGGAUAAUUUUACUGCUUCCAUUUAACCCCAGACUUCUGGUCAGGUGUGGGUGCAUGGCACACUCUUACCAAAGCAACACAACUGUCUGUAGUAAUAGAAAAGAGCAAGAAUCCAGUAACACCUAUAAGACUAACAAAAUUUGUGGUAGGGUAUGAGCUUUCAUGAAUCACAGCUCACUUCAGAUAACAAAACAACACAGACAGAGCAGUUUAUUGAGGCAAUUUCAGCUCCCCCAAGGGUGAGUACAUGCACUCUGUGAUAAUUUACUACUUGGUAAGUGUUAGUAUCCACCCUGAAUGGAGCCAAAAUUGCAGACAAGAUUUUAUAGUAGUGGGAGGAGUUAUUAUCCUACCCUUCAGUGAAAUUGGAUGGGAUAAAUUAUCGGUUUCAGAAACACUAUGAGUCUGAAUGCAUAAGGCAGCUGUCUACUGAGUCAGACUGUUAGCUUAUCAAGGUCAGUAUUGCUAGCUCUGACUGGCAGCAGCUCUUCAGAAAUUAAAGUAACAGCCUUUCACAUCACCAACUACCUGAUUCUUUUUAACUAGAAAUACUGAAUUAAAUACUUAAUCUAAUGUCUACUGAUCCCCGAUUUGGUGUAGUGGUGUAGUGAUCCCCCAGUUUGGUGUAGUGGUUAAGAGUGUGGGUCUCUAAUCUGGAGAGCUGGGUUUGAUUCCCCACUCCUCCACUUGAAGCUGGCUGGGUGACCUUGGGUCAGUCACAGCUCUCUCAGAGCUCUCUCAGCCCCACCCACCUCACAGGGUGUUUUGUUGUGGGGAUAAUAAUGACAUACUUUGUAAACCUCUCUGAGUGGGCAUUAAGUUGUCCUGAAGGGCGGUAUAUAAAUCAAAUAUUAUUAUUAUUAUUAUUGUUUGAUAUAAAUCAGGUCUAUAAAUGGGAUUGGGGCUGGGAACAUGCAGGAACUAGGUAGGGAGAUGAGAUGAAAGAUGUAGUUAAUAGGGAAAAUGCUAGUCCAUGUUAGAUAAACAAUAAGGGACCUAACACAAGAAGGUAGAAGUAAAAUUACCCUAAGUACAUGGCCAUCAUACGUUUUCUCACUGCUUAUGGGAAAUAUACUCUAUCCUGUUCCCCCCCCCCCUUUAACAUUUAUUUUUCUUACAUACUGGUUGUGCAGAGAUAUAAAUAGUAUACCUGUUGCUGUUGAGACACACAACAGUGGAUGCAGAAACACUUCUUGCUAGAGACUGAUCCAGCUAGAGAGCUACCUGCUCCGAUUCCCUUUUCAGGUCCUUGCAGGUGGCCUCUUGUCAACUUAACCACUGGAAAGCAGCCGUGUCGAGAGAUGUUAUAGGAAGCAUCUCGGCACCUGGAUAGCUGUGUUUUACCACAGCCAGGCAGUCAAGUAAAAAUGUGGGCUAAGAAGAAAUGUGGUAAAUUGGCUUUGCCACAUUAUCUGGCAUUUAACUUCAAGUGGACCCAUCCUCCCUGAAUAUGUCUGACCUCCUUUUCAACUAAUCAACUAAACCGUCAUUAUGCCCUAUAACAGUAAAUGCCAUCGUUAACUGAUAAAUAAUUAUCUGUAUCACCCAUUCUUAGUUUUCCUCACAAUAAUCCUUGAUUCUGUUCUUCGCGCAUAUCCCAGAAGUCAUUCCACUAAUUUUGGAUGAUUGAGCACAGGGGACUGGUUGGACCGCAGUGCUCUCUCUUCCCUCUAGUUCUUCACCCUCAGGAAACAGAGAUGCAGUGCGACUUGGUUUUUCUCAGUAUCAAGUUUAAAUAUCUUUCGAAAUGCACCAGAAGCAAAAAGAAACAGGUUUAGAGAUUACAUCUAGUGGGGCAGGGCAUUGUUAUCUGCCCUGCUUUCUGUCCCUACUUGCUUGUCUCAGAUGGGGAUGGCCUUGGUAGUGUAGUGGGUGUCAAACUAGAACCAAGGAGAUCCAAGUUCAAAUCGACACUCAGCCAUGAAGCUUUCUAUGGGCCAUACUACAAGUGACAGAUGACACAGGUUGGACACUUGUCAGCUUCCCUCAAGUUUUGAUGGGAAAUGUAGGCAGCUUGGUGGAAUGUUGGACAAGUGACAGUUGAAAAGUCCAUGGGAUAGCCGUCGGGGAGCCAAGCUGCAAGACCAGGAUGUCUACAUUUCCCAUCAAAACUUGAGGGAAGCUGACAAGUGUCCAACCUGUGUCAUUCGUCACUUGUAGCUUGGCCCUUAGUGAUCUGGGCCAAUCUCUGAGCCUUACAACCCUUUUCACUCAUUACGUUUCCUCACAUGUAUGGGGGGGAAGGUACUAUCUGUGAGCCUCCUGAUAAUAUUCAAUUGCCAUUUUGUCUGAAAGGGCAGAUGCUUGUAUUUCCAGCCUAAAUGUAUACAUACGGGGUUCCUGAGCUCUGGUUUGCAUGUACUGAAACAGAAAAUAUGCAUGAUCUCCCUAUUAAGACAAAAAGGAGAUUGGGUGUAUUGGGAGAAUCGUGUGUAGCAUGCUCCCCUCCCCCAUACUCACAAAACAUCAUAACUGGAAAAGAGCUAAAGUUGUGAGGGUAAAAUGGGGAGGGGAGAUAACUGGAAAGGGGUUAAAUUUGUUAGGGUAAAAUGGGGAGAGCAGCUCUAAGAUAGCAUAUAAUAUCUUUAUAGAUGUAGGCCUAAUCAGCUCAGUUGUUAACCUGAAUAAAAUGUGGGAGAUAAACUUACGAUUCUGUCCUAAGCACGUGAUAUUUUGCCUGCAUCGACUGUGCACAAAUGUUACAUCCACACAUAGAUCCAGAGAUUGGACAGGCAUAUUUGUACAGCGCCUGUGUGAUUGUGUGACUCCCUUGGCCUUGGUCUCUAGUUCAUCCAUGGCAGGUCUGUGUCUCUAAUACUACAGCUUGAUCUAUCUUCUGUCAGGUGUAAUUACGCCAAAGAGGAAACUUGCUCCCUCAUCUUUCGGUCCUUUUUUAUUUGUUUCCAGUUUUAAUACUGCAUACAGUUUGUUAAAACACGGAUCUUGAUAUUUUUGCAAUAUCUGGAUCCCAUUUUUAUCAGUGGAUUGAGUUUCUGCUUGUGAUUUUUUUCCUUUUGAGUAUUUUGGGGGUUCUUCACAGGACCAACACUUCUUGCUUUAUCUCUGUGUGUAAUUUACAUGUUCUGUUUAUAUUUUAAUUUUUAAACGUCUAUACUUGUCUAGUACGUUUUGGAGGGAUAGAAGGCUCAUAUCUCACUGAAGUUCAGUGGUGAAUAGGGCAUCUGACUGCCUCAGGAUUUUUUCAAAAGAACUGCUUGGUUCUAUAAGCUUGAAGAAAAAUCCCACAUGGCAUCUUUAGGUUCCAUUUAAAAGCCACAUUCUUCAAGUUUCCUUAUAAUGGAAUGAAUGUAAAUUCUCAGCUGCCUACUCUGAUAAUGUGGCGUUCAUAUGCUGUUGGUGACAAUAAAAUCAAGUUAAACGGCCCCUUCACAAAAAUAAUUUUUCCUCAGGUCAAAGUGUCCAUUUGGUGAGCCAACAUGACUGGAUUCCGCUUGCUUCAAACUGAGUGGGAAACCUUCAGUUUUUUUUCAGAUCAUAUUUAGGAGGGACGUUCAAAAGACCUUAGUUUGCUCACUGGAAGAAAAAUCUGUUGAUUUCAGGCUGAGGAAAAUCGGUCAUGUGAAUAAGCUCUGAGGGUCAUUUCAUAUAUUAUGUGUAGGCAAAUCCUGGUUUACCGCUGAGGGGCAAACCAUGUGAGACAAAAUACACUUGAAUUACAUUCAAACUACACUCAAACCACAAAACUCACUCCAAUUACCCGUAUAAUUUGAGUGUAUUUUGUCUCGUGUGAUGAGACCCUGAGAGUCCACUCAAACAGACAAUUGCAGCCAAUCACAUUGAGUUUAUUUCCAUUGUACAUACAUUCAUUAAAUUCAUGCUUUUUCCUUUUUACACAUAUAUGUAAAAUGACUAUGAUCUUUUACCUUAUGCGCACUGACUUAGGAAUAACUGCUACAGAAGUGGGUGGGAUUUGUUUCUGGGUAUAGGACAGGGCUGUUAGGGAUACCGUAAUGUUGUAAAUGGCCCCAAGUCAUCGUGAAAUCUAAACAAAAGAAACCUUUUCUCUGAAUGUUUACAGAUUUUUUAAAAAAGCUAUUGUAUAAGUGCAAGAUUCUACUGACCUUUUUCUUCAUUUUAGCAAACUGAUGGUAGGGUGUUCUGUUUUAAAUCUAGCCGAUGCUGCUAGAUUUACACUUUGCAGAUGUAAAAGUACGUUAACUACCUGUUCACUUUCUGCUGUGCCCCUUGCUGAAUUGUGCCUAUCUGCUGUUGUUUAUGCUGCUGAAACCGAUUUUCUGCUCUUUGAAAACAUUUAUCACGGAAUCAUCCAUUCCACCUGCAUGCAGCACAAACCGCAAAGCUGAGCUGUAUGAGAGUAUGGCUGAAAUUCAACUUGGUAUAAUCCAAAACUGUUUAAUGGCUUAUCUGGUUUCAUUUCCUCAUACCACCUACCCACUCUCACUUUUGAAACGUUGUGUAUAAUUUUAAGGUUCCUCUUUCUUCCCCCUAAGCCAUAGACAGCUGGGUUUUAUUUUUAUUUUCCCCCUCCUUCUCGCCUUUUGGAAAAUUUUUGUUUUUUUACAAAAAGAGAUAAUUUAUUUGGUUUAUAGGCAAUUAUCUGUACAUUUUUGUUCCAAAGUGAUGUUGUGGAUGUCUUUAAAAAAACAAAAUAAAUGGUUAUUUUAUAUAAUUUUAUCAUAUAUUUGCUAUAAUAAAUCAUUCCUUCUUUCCCCCCA